CACAACUUCCUGAAUACUUGUAUACUUACCGUGUACAGUUUAAGAAUCAUAAUGGGUUGCGGAGCCAGUGCAACUGUGUACCCUGCCGAAAACGUGCCUCGUGGGCACGAAGCCAGCAAAUCGAAUGACCACGAUGGAAUCCACGGUGAAGAAGAGAAGUUUGAUGACAAGUAUUACGCUGACGUGCCACUGAAAAAAGAAAUUGAUAAGUGGAUCUCUGAUUUAAACAACACGAGUGACUAUGCCGACCACCAGACUCUCCGUAUUUUAGAGGAAAUGGUAGAGCAAAUAAACCCAAAAGACAAAGAAGCUACGAUCAAAAAGAGUAACUAUCUGAUUAAACUAAAUUAUGCACAAUUAUUUUUAAAAAUGUGGCAUAAUUUGAAAAACUACCACCUGGUACUGGAUGCGUCAAAACCAUCAGGAAAAGAUCCGACUGAGAUAUGUGCUGCGAGCAGUUUUGACUACGCAAAGGUGGUACUUUGGCACGCAGCUGAAUGCUCUCCGAGAAUGUGCCGGGAAAUCGGAAAAUAUGGAAUUAUAGAAAUACUCUUAUCCCAGCUCGAACAACCUGAAUACGCAUCAAAUAAACUGACUGGAACUGAAAAUUCCACUCCAAUUAAUGCUGACAAAGCAAUGCGCUCUAACCUGGCGAUUCUGCUCAGUGCUAUUCGUAACUGUUCGGAUAACGGGCACCGUUUCCGAGAAGCAAACGCAGAAGAAAUUCUAUCCAAAUAUCUGGAUUGCCAAAAUGCUGCCAUCCAAGCACAGUCCGUCCUUAUUUUGGUUUACUCCCUUCAGGAAGUCGACUCAGAUCCUAAAGGGGAUGAAAGUAUUAAGGUCAAAUUAGUGAAUAAGGGCGUACUGCCUUUACUUGUCAACACCCUGGCAUCCAAACGUUCAACGGAAGAACACUGUUUAGCGGCUACUGCAAUUUGGACAUUAGCAUCACAUAAUGAUAACAAAGAUCGUAUCCGGAAAGAGGAGGGAUGUGUAGAAGCUCUGAAAAAUCGCCAAGGAAGUGAGAACACCGACUUGAGGACAGCUUGCACGAAUGCACUGCGGGAACUCCGUGAGGGAUAA